AUGGAUGAAAGUCCAGUACCUACUGAACUGCGUACCUCACCUGAUAGUGAUGAUUCAGCAAAGAAAGGCAAAGGCAAAGGCAAAGCUAAAGGAUCACCAAAAGAAAAAGGAAGUCCUAAGGGGUCAGCAAAAGAAAAAGGAAGUCCUAAGGGGUCACCAAAAGGAAAAGGAACUGCUAAGGGGUCACCAAAACGAAAAGGAAGUCCUAAGGGAUCAGCCAAAGGAAAAGGAAUUAAAAAAGAAGAGGAACCUGAUCUAUCUGUGGCAAGCAUGGGCCACCCAGAAAUAUUUCCCUUGGUCCUCACUGAAAAAACACAAGAAAUAUUUAAUUGCUCUGCUGAUGUAGAUGUAACAGCUGAAAAUCCUUACAAGCUCAUUAAAAAGGAAGAUAUUAUUAAUGAUAUGAAGACAAGAGCUGCAAUUUCUGACUUCCACCCUAUCAAAAAAGUUAUACUAGAUUAUCCUGGCGAAGAACUCCUGCUAGUCUUUGACAGAGAAUUAAAAUAUGGACAACUCUUUCAUCUUAUUGCAACCGAAGAAGCUAAGGAAAACCUUUUAAAUCCACCAGAGCCAGAGGAAGAGGAAGAAGUGAAAGAAGGGGUGCCUGAAGAAGUUUAUAAACCUCCUGUGUGGAAACCUUGGGUUUCACUUGGAAGUGAAAAGGAAAUUGAAGAAGAAUCAGUCAGGGAAUCAAUAAGGAGGAUUAAAUAUAUGAUUUCUCGGCCACACAAAGAAUUUGGGAUUCGGGUUAAAUUCCAAAACAGAAAUGCCACACUUGACAAACAUGCCUAUGUGGAUUGUAUGCCCUAUCAAGAUAAGAACUUCACCAUUCGGCAGCUAGAGAAACAUAUUGGUGUUCAGGUAGUUCCAGAAGAAGAAAAUACCGGAACUCAGACAAAAUGGACCUAUCCCAAAAAUGCAACGACACAAUAUUACCCGAGAGAAUUUACAGAAUAUGAAAAAGAGGUAUACUUGUCAUCGGAAGAGCUGAAAAACUUUAUCGUGUCUGUGGCUUUACGAGUUGAAAUAGCUCUACAACAAAAUGAAAUCAUGAAUGUUUUUUUCGAUGACUGGAAAGCUCUUGCAGAAGAAGAAAGUGGUUUUGCAGGUAAAUCUGAUGUUACCAUGAAGGAAUAUCAGUCCUUUACAGAUCUGCAUUAUCUCAAGGACAGAACUGUUAGCUGCGUCUGCUGGCACCCGACCAUUUAUGGAAUAAUUGUUGUAGCAGUGACGGAGCGCCUCUCUUAUGAGGAACGAGUAGCUCAGUCUGGGAAAUUGCUCUUAUGGAAAGCCCCAAUUCUGUUCUGGAGUUUUGCUGACCCCAUUCAUCCUCAGCUGAUGCUGGAGUGCCCUGAAGAUGUUUAUUGCUUUGAGUUUUCUCCAAAUGAUCCCAAUAUCAUUGUUGGAGGCUGUCUCAAUGGACAGGUUGUGUUGUGGGAUAUUUCAGAAUAUGAAGAAAGGUUAAAAAGUGCCAAAUCAGGCACUACUACUGGCACAACAGUUAAUGUGCCCAGUUUCAUACUGGAACAACAAAUGGGGAAGGAGCCACACUUGGCGAGGUACUGUGCAGUCUCAUCUAUAGAAUAUGGCCAUAAAUCUAUAAUAACGGAUAUACACUGGCUGCCAGAUUUUUUUGAGGUCAACAGGAUGGGUACUGUUUUUGAAAAUAGAGCUGGAAUUUGUGUGCAGCUGAUGACCUGUUCACCAGACUGCACAAUAUAUGUUUGGGAUCUCCGAACUUACAGGCCUGCCUUACAACCUUCACUUGAGAAGAAAAAGGAAGAGGGUAUUAUUAUUGUUCCACCUGAUGUGCCCACCACCUUCAAACACCUUGACCUUGCCUGGAAACCUAUCAUAAAGAUCAAUCUGCCCAAGGCAGAUACAAGUGCUGAAUAUAGUCCAAUAAGAUUUAGCUUCAGAGAAGAGCACUAUCACACCAAAAUUCAAGACAAAACAGCCGUCCCAAAUAAACAAAGCAAAGAGGAACCCAUAGAAAAAAUUCCAUAUGCAGAGAUCCAGGGCACAACAAUGAAACCUCUUAAGCUGCUGGAAAAUAUAAAUACCAGCUUUUUUGUUGGAACUGAGGACGGUGAAGUUCUUUAUUCAGACUGGAAGAUGGAAAGAGACGGUGACUCAGGAAGAUUGCUUACAAAGCAACACUUCCUAGCAGUUGCUGAUGAUUUUGGCACCUUGCAUAUUUUAGAAAUUUCAUGGUCAUUAAUCCACCCUUCCAGCAAUGAGCGUUCCAGUGUUCUUCAUUACUUUGAGCGAGAAGUCAAACAUCUGGAGUAUUUUGAGCAGCGGCAGGAAUUCAGAGAAGAAGAAAGGGUGGCACUUGAGCAUGAAAAGCUGAUGAAGAGAACGAAAGUGGUUGGUGGUCAGCGAGAGUUAAUGGAAGAACAGACCAAUCAAAAUUACGUAGAAUUUUUGGAUUUGGAGAAAGCCAUAUUAGUUCGACUUGGAUUAAUCAAGGGACCAGAUAAAUUUAGCCCCUCGAGAAAUAUGUAGUUUUACCACUACU